CCAACUGAGCAAAGGCAAACGCAUCCGCAACCCAAUCAAUAGCUUACGCACAGAGUCGCAACAAAACCCUAAAAAGCAAACUCUCCACCUCCGUUGCACUGCUGCGCGAGCCCUCUCGAAUCUCCGGCUUCUCCGACACAAACAUGGCGGACGUCAUGGCGUACAACGACAUAGAAGCGACGGCGGCCAGAAUCGGAAUCGACCUCUCGCAGCUCGACCUCGAUUCUAUCCGCCUCCCUUCCGGCGAAGACUUUGGCAUUAUCAGUGACGAUGAGGAUAUAUACAAAGUGGACAAUUCGGAGUUGGACGCAGGGUUUGGCAACAUAAUUGUUGUUGAUAACCUCCCUGUUGUUCCUUUGGAAAAGUUUGAGAAACUCGAAAACGUUAUUCGUAAAAUCUACAGUCAGAUUGGUGUGAUCAAAGACGACGGCUUUUGGAUGCCUCUUGACCCCGAAACCAAUAAAACCUUGGGUUAUUGCUUCCUUGAGUUUAAUACUCCUCAGGAAGCUGAGCUUGCCAAAGAGAGGACUCAUGGAUACAAGCUGGAUCGAUCACAUAUUUUUGUUGUCAACAUGUUUGAAGACUUUGAUCGGUUCAUGAAAGUUCCAGAUCAAUGGGCCCCUCCUGAAAGUAAACCGUAUACUCCAGGGGAAAACCUUCAACAGUGGCUGACUGAUGAAAAGGCCAGGGACCAAAUGGUCAUUCGUUAUGGUGCGGACACUGAAGUGCUAUGGAAUGAUGCAAGGCACCUGAAGCCAGAACCGUUCUACAAACGCACUUUCUGGACUGAGAGCUUCGUGCAGUGGUCCCCUCUAGGGACUUACCUGGCCACUGUUCACAGACUGGGUGUUGCAGUCUGGGGAGGUGCCUCUACGUUCAAUCGUCUGAUGCGUUAUGCUCAUUCCCAGGUUCGACUGAUUGAUUUCUCACCUGGUGAGAAAUACUUGGUGACUUACAGCAGCCAUGAACCAAGCAAUCCUCGUGAUGCAAAUAGGGUAGUGAUAAACAUUUUUGAUGUGAGGACCGGAAAAGUAAUGAGAGAUUUUAAAGGAAGCCCAGAUGAUUUUGCUACUGGAGGAGCUGGAGGUGUUGCUGGGGUGUCUUGGCCUGUUUUCAAAUGGGCCGGGGGAAAAGACGACAAGUACUUUGCCAGAAUGGGAAAAAACGUCAUCUCUGUAUAUGAAACGGAGACAUUUUCCCUUGUAGACAAAAAGUCAAUGAAGGUGGAAAACGUUAUGGACUUCAGUUGGUCACCAACUGAUCCGAUCCUUGCGCUAUUUGUUCCCGAACUGGGUGGUGGCAACCAGCCUGCGAGGGUGAGUCUUGUUCAAAUCCCCGCUAAGGAGGAGUUGAGGCAGAAGAAUCUUUUCAGUGUCAGCGAUUGCAAAAUGUACUGGCAGAGCAACGGGGAGUAUCUAGCUGUUAAAGUUGAUCGCUACACCAAAACAAAGAAAAGCACAUACACUGGAUUUGAGCUUUUCAGAAUCAAGGAGCGGGACAUUCCUAUUGAAGUUUUGGAAUUGGAGAAUAAAAACGACAAAAUUAUUGCAUUCGCUUGGGAGCCUAAGGGCCACAGGUUCGCGGUAAUUCAUUGUGAUAACACGAACGCGAAUAACAACCCAAGGCCCGACAUAAGUUUCUACUCCAUGCGAAGUGCUCACAAUACUGGCCGUGUUUCGAAGCUCACUACUCUCAAAGGAAAGCAGGCAAAUGCUCUCUACUGGUCACCUACCGGGCGCUUCAUCAUUUUGGCGGGAUUGAAAGGUUUUAAUGGGCAGCUAGAGUUUUACAAUGUCGAUGAGCUGGAAACCAUGGCCACUGCUGAACAUUUCAUGGCGACAGAUAUUGAAUGGGAUCCGACUGGAAGAUACGUAGCUACUGCAGUGACCUCAGUCCAUGAGAUGGAGAACGGCUUCAACAUCUGGACAUUCAAUGGCAAAUUACUUUAUCGGACACUAAAGGAUCAUUUCUUUCAGUUCUUAUGGCGCCCAAGGCCACCAUCAUUGCUGACUCCUGAGAAAGAGGAGGAGAUUGCAAAGAACUUGAAGAAGUACAGCAAGAAGUAUGAGGCUGAGGACCAGGAUGUUUCAAUCUUCUUAAGCGAGCAGGAUCGCGAGAAGAGAAGAAUGUUGAAGGAGGAAUGGGAGAAAUGGGUGGCUCACUGGAAGCAGAAGCAUGAAGAAGAGAAAGAGGCGAGGAAAAAUCUUAGGGACGGAGAAGUGAGUGAUGAGGAAGAGGAGUAUGAGGCUAAAGCUAUUGAGGUUGAAGAGGUGAUAAACCAGGUAGAGGAGGUCGUUUCUUUCGAAGAAUGAGUGGUAUUCUGAUUAUAAUUUUGGAGUUUAUGAACCUAGAUUUGUCUUUUGAACACUGUAUUAAGUACAUCUUUAAAUUAUGCUUUAGAGCUUUUGGAGGAAUUUUGAUCUUCCAUUAUCUGCUUUUGUUCGUGAACUAAUGCGAUUAACCGAAGGCCUUAUAAUUUUGUUUGA